AUGUCCAACUGGGAGGAGUGGUCUUUUUUUAAGGGAGUGGAAAAUGUUGUUGAUGAAGGAGGAGAGGAUGGUGGUGAUGAGAUUCGUAACGGUGAUGCCCAAUCUACACGAUUGCCACUACUGCCUCGUUUGGAGAAGUUGAAAGUCGAAGGUUGCCCAAAGCUGAGGGCUCUCCCGCGACAGCUUGGAGAGGACACCGCCAGCUUGAAGGAGCUCUUGUUAAUUGGAGCGAACAUUUUGAAGGCCGUGGAGGACCUCCCAGUGCUCGAGCUCCUUGUGAUUGAGGAUUGUGAAGGCCUGAAGAAGGUCUCCAACAUCCGUCAAGUGUCUGAACUGCGUGUACGUGGCUGUCCAAACUUGAGCCAUGUAGAAGGGUUGGGCAGCUUGCAGCAGCUGUGGAUGGGCAAAGAUAUGCAAGAGAUCUCUUCUCGCUGGGUCCCCGGGCUUCAAGAGCAGCACCGGCGACUUCAUGGCGAGGACUUAGAUGUCUACACGCUGUCUACCUGUUAG